GGCUGUGGAUGGAGACGCUCCUUGGCAUCCCGUGGAGCAGGCUGCCUGAAGUGGAGCCCGGCGCCGGAGGCGGGACCCUGAGCUUCCCUGGGAGAAUUUAAGGACUUAACCUCUCUCUGAGGAUGGAGGAAGAGGUUGUCUCUAAUUCAGAGUAUAUGACAAGAACAUUCUCAGGGUACAACACAGAAGAGGAAAAAUGGCCAUUGUCCAUCUAGAAGGGAAGUUUGAGAUCUGUUAUUAAGGUGGAAAGGAGAGUCUGAAAGAAGCAGCAAAUGGCCUCAUAGACUCGCCUGAUAAUAAAGCCAUCCAGUGGUGAGGAAACAGAUAAAUUCAUCAAGUUGAGAAAAUCGUGCAAAAAUUCUUCACAUGAGAGGUUCCAGACCCAGAUGUUUCCAGCUUGCCUUCUGAACAAGGACUUGUCUUCAAAGUAGCACACCAAGGGAUCAUCAGCAUCGUGUCAGUGGGAAAUGAGUGAGACGCUUGAAAACUGUGCACCUAAGACUAAUUCUAGAACAUAUUUGGAAGUCAGAGUUAGAGAAGGAACAAGAAAAUCAGAAGGAAUAUUACAAGCAAGAGAUGGUAACACAUGAUAAAAUGUCCGUUUUCUGCCCAGGGACGCGCCUACCUCAGCAUCCACGGGGUUACUCUACAGAGAAGCCCUAUAAAUGUGAGGAGUGUGGGAAAGGCUUCAGGCGAGCCUCACACCUGUGCCAGCAUCAGAGUAUUCACACUGGUGAGAAGCCCUAUGAAUGUAAGCAAUGUGGGAAGGCCUUUAGUCGUGAUUCCCAGCUAAGUCUUCAUCAGAGACUUCACACCGGUGAGAAACCCUACACAUGCAAGGAAUGUGGAAAGGCUUUCACUCAAAGCUCACAACUUAUUUUGCACCAUAGAAUUCAUACGGGUGAGAAACCAUACAAGUGUGAAGCCUGUGGGAAAGCCUUUAUUCGAAGCUCACAGCUCAGCCGCCAUCAAAAGGUCCACACUGGAGAGAAACCCUUUGAAUGUAAAGAGUGUGGGAAGGCCUUCACCCAGAACUCCCAGCUUACUCUGCACCAGAGACUGCACACUGGCGAGAAGCUUUACGACUGUAAGGAGUGUAGGAAGGUCUUUACUCAGCUCUCGCAGCUUAUUCUCCAUAGAAGAGUUCACACUGGCGAGAAACCCUAUGAAUGUAACGAGUGUGGGAAAGCUUUCAUUUGUGGCUCACAGCUCUCGCAGCACCAGAAAAUCCACAAUGGAGAAAAGCCGUAUGAAUGUAAGGAGUGUGGGAAAGCUUUUAUUCGAGGCUCACUACUUAUGCAACAUCAAAGAAUUCACACUGGUGAAAAACCCUAUAAAUGUGACGAGUGUGGAAAGGCUUUUAUCCGUGGUUCCCAGCUCACUCAACAUCAGAGGAUUCAUACUAACGAAAAGCCUUACGAAUGUAAAGAAUGUGGGAAGACCUUCAGUCAUGGUUCACAACUAACUCAACAUCAGAGAAUCCAUACUGGUGAGAAGCCCUAUCAGUGUAAGGAGUGUGGGAAAGCCUUUAAUCGCGGGUCACUCCUUACUCGACAUCAGAGGAUUCACACUGGUGAAAAACCCUACAAAUGUAAAGAAUGUGGAAAAAAUUUCAGCCGGGGCUCGGAACUUACCCAGCAUGAGAGAAUCCAUACAGGUGAGAAGCCCUAUGAGUGUAAGGAAUGUGGGAAGUCCUUCAUCCGUGGCUCCCAGCUCACUCAGCAUCAAAGAAUCCACACGGGUGAAAAACCGUAUGAGUGUAAAGAAUGCCGAAUGGCCUUCACUCAGAGUUCACAUCUUUCCCAGCAUCAGAGGCUUCAUACCGGUGAGAAACCCUAUGUGUGUAGCGAAUGUGGGAAGGCCUUUGCACGUGGAUUGCUGCUCAUACAGCAUCAGAGAAUUCACACCGGUGAGAAGCCGUAUCAGUGUAGGGAAUGUGGGAAGGCUUUUAUCCGCGGUUCACAGCUCACUCAACAUCAGCGAACUCACACUGGAGAGAAACCUUAUGAAUGUAGGGAAUGUGGGAAGGCGUUUGGUCAUGGCUCUCAACUUACUCUGCAUCAGAGGGUCCACACAGGUGAGAAGCCCUAUGAAUGUAAGGAGUGUAGAAAGGCCUUUGCUCAGAGCUCGCAUCUUUCUCGGCACCGACGAGUUCAUACUGGCGAGAAACCAUAUCAGUGUAAAGAAUGUGAAAAGGCUUUUACACGUGAGUCUCAACUAAUGCAACAUAAGAGAAUUCAUAUCAGUGACAAAUCUUUGGACUGUAAGGAAUGCCGAAUAGACUUCAAUCAUCACUCGCAAAUUUUUAUAUGAGUUAAUUUAUUCUCUGCAAUUAAUGUAGCUUUCCCUGGCCAUACAUUAUCAGUGAAGAAUUCUUACAAAUGUGAAUAUGGGACUGUGAAUUCAGCAUUUGAGAAUUUAUGUAGGAGAAUAGAAAUGCUGAUGUAAUCCACAUAGGAAAACUAUUUAUUUACAUGUUUACAUUGUGUUACAUUUUAGCAAAUUAAAAUAGGAAGUAAUUCUGUUGCUGUGAUAUAGAAGGUCUUUAGCAUAGAAAAUUUCUCAAUCACAUUACACAGGUCCUGUCAGUUGGUUUCCUUUGUGACAUUUGUUACGACUAACCUGGCUUUCAUUUAAACAUUUGUUGUGUAGAUCAAGAUUCUUCUAAAUAUCAUGUUUUAACAUGGAUAGCACUUGGGUCUACUCCUUUCCUAUCAUAAAUAUUAGCUGUUGUUUUCAUUAUUUGCAUGAAAGGAGGAACUUAUAAGCAUUAUCAUUAAGAAAUAUUUCAUUUUUAUUUGGGAGGCUUUAUAUACUGUCAUCAAUGUGAGAAAGCGUUCAUUCAGAUCUUAUUUAUUAUAGAAGAAAAUUUAUACUAAAAAGAAACCUUGAUAUUAGUGGGUUAUUGAGUACCAUCGUUACAGAAUUGAUUUGUCACAGAGUCCCAAAACUUACAUGUUUCACUAUCUCUAACUUCAACUCAAGAAUAUUACUUAUACAUGAUGAACUAAGUGCUCAAGAUAAAUCCAGGAAAUGAAAAAACCUUGAAUAUGUAGUUUUGUGAACUAAUCUGAAAGUACAAAGUUACACUAGUAGACAACUUAGAAUUAAAAAACAACACAUGAUCUUGUAUCAGAGGUUGGUGUUCUACCCAAUUUUCAUCUCCUUUUCAUCAUAAAACCUAGGCAAAACAAAAACAAAAACCUCCUCCACCCCUCCCCAAAAAAUUUAGUCUCCACUGCAGAUCAACGAGACUAAAACGGUACCUGUAUGACUAGACCAUUUAAGAAAUCCAUCCACUCUGCUUCUUUCUCUUCCUAACUCUGUAGACACAUGAGGCAGAGCACAGCCUCCUGAGGGAUGUGGAAGUGGUAUCUGGGUGUUACGGAUGGCUGAGUCUGCAAGCCUGUUGAUUUGUAAACAGUCAUGGUAACUCUGCCCUGCCUAUAUGUUUUACGUAAAAUUAAAGUAACCCUCAUACUGGAUGAUGCUCUCCUACUUCACUGGAUAAUAAAACUUCUCUUAAGGACAUGAAAUAAUGUUUUCUCUGGAAAUGGGAUGCUGUAGAUGAACAGAGUCUCAAAUGUGGCUUUAUGUAACGCUGUGGAGACUGAGGGUUUACUGAGCAUGAGCUACAAAACUGAAUAUUCUUAUUUUUCAGGCAGAACAUUUGAUCAGCCUGCAUCCCUGUGUCUCCUCCAGCAGACCCGGUGUUAGAGGAAAUGGUAG